UAUACUUAUUCACUUAGUUGAUUUGAUGCUACAACUUACAUCUGACAAAGUGCAUCCUGAACCACUUGGCAGUCUCUCCAGCGCACAAGUCUUCAGACUCAGUCAUUCUAGUUGAAAAUGCUCAUUUUACUUCGAGCUCUCGUCGUCGCUAGCUCAAUAUACUUCUGGCAUCUCACGCAAUCCAUGUUGGCCCGCCGCACUCCAGUUCCUCACAGCACCACAAGAGUCUCAAGUAUUCAUGAUGAAGUCCAUUCCCUCACCUCGACAAUGCAUGCCAAGCUUGCAGCAGCGACACAGCUAGCCAACUUUCUUCUUGCGUCAUCUUCUGCAAUUGUGGAUGUCUUAGGCCUUUUCCUCUUUACGAUUUCAGUCUUCGGAUCAACCUUUGAACCUGUUGUCGGUAUCAUCCUGCUCUUCACCCUCCGCCAAUUUGCCCAAUCUUUUUGUCACCUACAGCCACCUCAGGGCAUCAUCUGGCGAAACCCUGGCGUUCCUUCUCUCUUCGUGACCUACGAUGUCAAGGACGAUCUCUUCUUCUCUGGACAUACCGCUUUCGCUGUCUAUGGCGCUUUGAUACUACAUUCUAUUCUUGGGGAUCUCGUCGGUUUGCCAGUCGGAUUUGCUCUCGUUUUCUUUCAAAUAUCUACUGUCCUGCUGCUCCGCGUCCACUAUACCAUGGACGUAUUUACUGGUAUCUUUUGUGCACUCUAUAUUCAUCAGCUAAGCCAUAAGCUCUCUCCCUCGAUCGAUAAUUUUCUAUUUGCCACAGGCACUAUGUAACUGCUACGCGACCAUAGUUUGAGCUGUUCAAACUCCUCUUGGAAAACGGUUUGAGGAAGGGCAUUUGGGAUGCGCAAGUAAUGGCGACGAUGAUGGC